UUUUCCCACAAAGGAAACUUUGCCAUAUUGGAUUUGUAUAGAGGUACUCACCGUACCUAUUACAGUCUGUCGCAUGCUGCGUCGCUCCUGCACCCCUUAUUUCUGCCAAACUCACUGCAUGCACGCCCAGUCACAGCCAGCCUUGCCCGACUUUGCCCUCAAAAACCCAAAAAUCCCUACCAUAAAAAGCCGCAACUCAACUCUGAUGUGAGGAGAGACUGGAGUAGCCGCUCCCACUACCAUACCAAACCUCGCCAAUAAAUCACCAACCCUCGACUCCAAAUCUCCCAUUCGGAAACCGAACACCUUGAAGAAUCACAAUCGGGUCACAUAUAGUCAACACGCGACGAUUAUCACAAAAUGGAGAGUAUACAGCUAGCCCAGAUGCUGGCCGAUCUCAGCGAUCUAGAUGCAGCACAAGAGGCCUCUGCUGCUCUAGCCCUCGUCAACGCGAACAAGAAUCUACCUAUAGCCAACAGCGCUACCCACGACCAUACAUCAACACCCAAGGCGACAGAAAGGCAUCACCACCGUGUGGCUUCUGCGCAACCGGCGAUCAACAGAACGUCCUCGCCGGCCACCAUGUUCGACAAGUUUGGCCGUAAAAUGUUCACCCCGCCCAUGACACGAAGCAACUCCACUCAGGGUUCCAUACCAGGCACUCCCAGGAGAGAUCAGGAGAUGGAAGACGAUGUUGACCGAGCUUCGACACUCAUCUCCCUCUACGAGAUACGCGCCAAGAUCAAGCAACAGGACAACUCAAGCUUGAUUCGGGCGCGGGAAAAGAUACAGGCUCUGGCAGCCAAGCAGCAAGCCCAAACAGCAACAGAAAAGAAGGACACAGCACAAAACCCUCGAUAUAACUACCCGAAACAAACCUGAGAUCAACAUGCACGUACAUGACGAGCCACCCCUUUUUUUUCUCCCUUGUUCUUCCCCUUUUGGUAGUUUAUAUUUUUCUCGCUCAUUCCUUUUUUCUUUACGAUAAAAUUCCCUCUUUUUCUGGCAGCGGCAUUUUUAUUUUCCUUGGGGUCAUGGGAUGGGAAUUGGUAGUUUCUGGAUCAUACCAACAACAGACGGCGUUUGGAGUUUCAAAGCAAUCCUUGGAUGGACUUGCAGUGGGUAUGCGUUCGCGUUCUUCUGAAGUCACAGAGGGCGGCUUAUGGCCACCAGAUGAUGGUUUACAUAUGGGGUUUCCACUAUUGUUAUCGUUCAAGUUGGCGUCCUUCAGUCGCUUAUACUAUGAUCAGUAAAUUUUGGCGGUGGAAUUGGACAGCUGGACCAUUGAGAGGAAACUAGCUUGACAUGGAGUUAAACUAGCACCGAAGUUAUGCGGUUCUACGGUGUGAAGAUAUGCACACUAUUUCCUACCAAGUCGACCGAAUUUUGAACAGUGACGUCUUUGGCUGUACGCUUGGUCUCAGG